AACUUUGAAUUACGAUAUAAAGUUCUAAUUAAUCUUUUCUAAUGGAGUACAAUCACUAUUUGGAACCUAGUCCUUUAUGAUCAAACGUCUAUUUACAAUCGAUAAAGUGUCAUUUGUUGUCAAAUCUGACAGUUACCUUCCAAAGUCUGUAUGAUUGUGAAUACCGAUUUAUUGCUGUGAUUUCUUCGUUUAAAAAUCAUUUCAAUUUUAUCCAGACAUGUAAAUUAAAAUAAAAAGAUUAUUUCGUAGAUUAGUUACAAAUUGUAAAAUUUUCCAAAAUGGUUUCAAUAUUGAAAAAUCAACUGCUAAAACAUCUUCAGAGGUUCACAAAAAAUUUAUCAGCUGAUAAAAUAAAUCUCAGCACUUUCAAAGGAGAGGGCGAACUAUCAAAUUUGGAAUUGAAUGAAAUAGUUCUAACAGAUCUUCUAGAGUUACCGUCGUUUUUGAGAUUAACUAAAGCUUGGUGUAACAAAGUAACAUUUCGAAUUCCCUGGACUAAACUAAAGAGCGUUCCCAUACAUUUGAACCUUGAUGAAGUUAACAUAACUAUAGAAACAUGCGAAGAACUGAGAUCUAUGUCAACUCCAUCAGGCCUUUCAGAUUAUGCUAUGGCUCCAGGAAAAUAUGGGUAUAUAAAUAAAGUCAUUGAUGGCAUAACUGUGACUGUAAAUCAUGUGAAUAUUCUCUUCAAUAGUCCAGCUUUUACAGCCACUAUACAGAUCUCGCGCAUCUUAUUGGAAUCUAAGUCACCGAAAUGGGAAAAGGCUGAUUUGAGGAUGACUCGAUUGAAGGACCCAAGCAAAGGACAAAUGCUUAUUUUCAAAGAACUAGAAUGGCAGACUCUGAAAAUAGAAGCUAAAUCAACUAAAGAUACCAAUCUUACUCCUUUGAGACUGAUAACUAAUCAAGCAACAUGUAGGAUUGUUAUAAAAAAAAGACUGUCUGAUUGCUUCGUGAUGGGAUCAAGAUUAGUGAUUAUAUUGGAGGACUUGUUAUGGGUUCUAACAGAUUCACAAUUGAAAGCUGCCCUUCAUUUUGCUGAUUCCCUAACAGGACUCAUUCAGAAGGCAACUCAAAUCAGUCGAAAGACUAAAGCUGCAAGGAAACUGGAGGAACUACCUGAAUAUCAAGCACAGUUGCAACAGGAAGCUAGAACAAAAGAAUCAACAUCUACAUCAAGACCAUUUGCAAUGAAUGAUGUUGUAGAAACUUCCUAUCACUUUCUUUGUGCUCAAGUAGUUCUCCAUCUAUGCGAUGACCCAGGCACUGGUAGGUCUAGUCAUCCUAAUUUAAAAGAAGGAGGUGCACUUCAAGUCAAUGUUUGUAAAUUUCAAGUUGAUUUUUAUCCUUAUCACUUGGCUAAAGCGAAUCGUAAACAUUGGCCCAAGUAUAAUGAUGGAAAUUUUCCACAUACCCAAUGGCAGGAGCAAGCAUUAGCUCAAUUCAAAUCAAAAUUUUUCGAUUUAAUAAAUAGAGAUAGAACACCUCAUGCCUCUUUGAGCAGAACAACAAAGGUAUCUCCAAAUGAGCCAAAAAAAUGUCCAAGUCCAAUAAAUAAAGAACUCAAGCAAAGAAUCGAAAAUCAGUUUGCUAAGUUGAUGACUUCCUGUACCAUUAUAAGAGUGGAUGACUUCACAGUACAUAAGGUAACAACAUCAGGGAAAAAGCAGCCCUUCAAGGAAUUUAUUUGUGGGGAUAGAGAUAUUAUGCAGUUACCUAAAGAAGCAAGUAUUGUUCAUGCAGAAUUUAUAUAUUAUUACUACCCAGAUGAAACUUCCUUUCCAUUGCCACCUCCAAAAUUUUAUGUGCAAAUCAACCCUAUUCAUGUAUCUUUCGAUGUUGAUACAAUCUUAUGGGCUAAUUCUUUUGGACUUAAUUUGCACCAAUCUCUUGUGGCUUCCAAACCUCAACUACCAUCUUCCAAUCUCACUUACAUAGAUGUCAAAAUAGAAUGUAUACUCCCUCGAGUAAGUUUUGAAAGUUAUACAUGCCAUAUUAACCAGAAGGAUCGUCCAAAAAUUCUUAAUUUCCAAGUCACCAGAGCCACAGUUACCAAUGUUAGGAGUUUAGAACAAUCCUCGAGAGCUGAUUUGGCAAAAUGCGUAGAUUCGUUCCAUAUGGGAUCUUUGUUUUUUGGUUCAGGUUUUCCAUCUAGACCCGAUGAUUUUUACAUUGUCACUCAAAAGUUUCUCGAUCACAUAUCAUCUUGUGAUAAUAUCAGAAAUGUGCCUGAAGUGUUAGAUACAACUAAUAUAAAUGUUCUAAUGCAGCAACUGCAUCGAGAACUUCUAUGGACAGAAGCCAAAGAUGUAUGGUGUAUAAGUUUGGAUCCAGUUUGGGGCGACUUUCUAGGCGCUCGAUCUGUGGGCGUGAGCAAACCAGUGCCAUUUUUAGAUACAGUUCCUGUAACAAUAUGGUUACAUAGUCAGUUGGAUCCAAAUUCUACACUGAAGACUAACAAUGAUCAUACUUCGACUGCCGAUAUACAUGCCCUAACACAAAUUUCGAAUUUAGUCAGCAUUCAAAUCAAUCAUUACCAAUAUCUGUUCCUAUUGAGGUUAGCUGAAGAGCUGGCGGAAUUGGCUACAUUCGUAUCAUUAGAUUCGAAUAGGAUAAUCAAGGUGGAAAGUAGUGGAUCUCUUGUAGUUGGGGCUUUAUUACCUCAAGUAGAGGUUACUUUUGUUAUGCCUUCCCAAUGUCCUGGAAAAGAAUCAUCUGGAGCAGAUGCUGAAUCAUUUGUACCAGACUCUUCAAGUAUUGUAGAUGACAUGCUAGUACAUGGGUCUGCUGCUACGGUGUGGCAAAACAGCAGUCUUUCUAUUACACAAGCUGAUCAUCAACCUUCAAAAAAAUCCAUUCCAAAUGGAUCGAGCACUGCAAUGAAUAUGCCAACAAGCAUUUCUAUGGACUAUAUGAAUCAUGCUCCUCCUCUGAAGGCUUUGUCAAAGGAAAGGCAGGAAUCAACUGUUGUGGCCAAGUCAGAUGUUAAAACUAUUCAAAAUAACAUAAAUGAAGGUUUGUCUUCCAUGAAAAAAGGUUUUUCAAACUUCAUGUCUUCAAUAGACAGUGCUCUUAAACCUAGUGGGGAUGAUGCUAGUGAUACUCUUUCCCUUCGUAGCGAUUCCAGUGAUUCUGAAAAUUAUGUUAUGGUGAAUAUUGGCGAAGAGGGCACCACAUGUGAUUUGAUGUUUGCCUUGAAGAAUAACUUUGAUACUUCUGAUUCUGGAGCUACUGCUUUGAUAGAAAUGGCCAGUGAGGUCAUUGAAGAAGAAAGUACAGCCACUACCCUAAGUGAACUCUCAAUACAUGAUGGUGGUCGGAGGAAAGACUUGGUAUCUGUUGCGACUUUCAAAUUGAGUAAAGUUGAAUUCCUUCAUCAGUCUAUUGGUUAUUCCUCAUCAAUUAAAGUACAAGUUGGCAAUAUUAAGUGUGAUGAUUGCAAUUCUAUUCCAUGGGACGAAUUUCAGUGCAAGUUCAGUUCCCGUUCCAGAGGUUGGUCAGAUGACCUUGCAGAUACAAACACUACUCCAAAAGUUAAGCUGAGAUUGGAUCAUAAUUUAACAUUACCAAACUCGAAAAGCAUGAUGGAACUGGAUUUCAGAGAUAGGGAUAACAUAAAGAAACUGUUCCAAGACAAUCUUGUCGUCAAAGUUGAUGAUUUAUCAUUAGCUUUAUCUAUGAGCGUUGUAACUGGUCUUACAGAUCUGAUAGAAGAUGAAAUUAUACAGACCCCUAUACCGUUACAGGUAUUUCUGAAUAAUGUUCUGCUUCAUCUCAAUGAGGAUAGACCACCAGCGAACAUAACCUCUCCAGGCCCUGUACCUAUUGAUUUGAAUAUAUCUACGUUGUAUAUAACUCAAGAAGAAGAUGGUAUAUUUAAUAUAUUACCGCAACCACCUAUACCUCCAUCAUCACCAACUUCAAUCACUUCAGCUCAAGAAGCAGAACAACAAUUGGUAAAAGUAAACAAACAGUUAAUAGCAGAGAAUGAAGAACUACAACGAAGGCUUCUGGCUUUUGAAAGGGUGUCUGAAGAAAAUAGGUCACUUCGAAAGGCUAAAGAGGAAAAGGAGACUCUCAAAUCUUGUCUUACUUCAGCUCAAGAUGAAGUUAUGCGACUUUUAGAUGAAAAAAUCAAACUUUUGGAUGAUAUAAAAAGAUUGCAAGAUCAAUUGAGUGAAAGAGGGCGACAAUGGAACAGCAAAAGAUAGCAAUGUUGUUUCAACUGCACUAGUUGCUGCACUAAUAUAAGAAAAUCAUAGUGGUUAGUCACUAGGAUUUACUUGUAGUAGAAGUUAGUGUAGUUGCCAGAAUUCGCAACCUACAUACAAAAUUUUGCCAAAAUAAUAUAUUUUUGAGAAGCAGCUGAGGUACGUCUUCUAUGUUCAUUUCAAUCAAAGUUGUCUAAAAUCAUUUCAACACUAUUCUACUAUAUUUUUACUUUCUGGUGAUGAAUAUUGUUUUUAAUACUCAAUCAAAUUAAUUUCAAGCUAAACGAGAUUUUAUUUAUCAGAUGUCAUUCGAUUCCUCAUAUAUGUUUCUUCAGUUUGAGAUAAUAACCUUUUUAUAGAAAUUUAUUCCAAGUUUUCAUGUCUUGAAUCUUGUUGAGAUACAAGAUUGUACUUUAAAAUCAGACAUAUUUUUAUUUUAUAGUUGUUUUAUGAUAUUUACAGUUCCUGAGGAAAUUCCAGAAUUAGGUUUAUAAGUUAAAAAAAGAAUAAUUCACUGGUUUUUAUCCACUAAAAUAUCAUAUGAAGUUGUUAAAUGUAUAAAAAAAAUUUUUUCAAGUAAGUGAAACUAUAUGAUCUUCUGGAAAAAUAUUGUGCAAUCAAUUAAAACAUUUUAUUUUGACUGAUUCUAUUUGUUGGUACCAUAUUUAAUUUUUUUUUCAAUGAUACAUGAACAGGUUGAAAGUAAAUAAUUGGAUCUGCAUUAUGCAUCUAUACUUACUGAAUUUUUUUUCCUACGGAACUCAACAAUCAGAAUAUUUCAAUCAGUAGUUAGAAUAAGGGAAAUUAGUAUAAAGAUGAACAAAAUUAUUUAAGGAAUCCCGAAAUUGCAAAAAUGUGAGGCAACUAACAUUCAUUUGAAGAUCAUAUACAUAAUUCAUUUAGACACCUUAUUUUCAUCUGGGAUUAUGAAAUUCAAUUUGGAUUAAAACAAAUAAGCAUCAUAAGAUUUUUUUUUAUCAAAAAACUCAUCUGGGAUCUUCUUUUGAAUAUAAGCAUAUAUAAAUUAAGAUAUCUUUAUACAAUUAUAUAAAUGAAGUUGAUUGUGAUAUUGUCAGUAAAUUAAUGAUAUUUUAACUCUUUCUCAAUAUUAUUGAAAAAAUAUAUUUAUAAGAUUAACUUCUGUAAUAUGAAAUUUUGUGUUGAUACCAUGUGAUGCUUGAAUUGAAAAUCGACUAUUGCUUUGUGAUAUUGCUAUUAAUGUGGAAUAUUCAAUAAUCAUGUUUGAAAAUUUUUUGUUAUUGUGAAAAUUGUAAAUUUCAAUGUGAUUCUGUUUGGGAUGCAAUACUUUUGUACUUAUGAAAAUUUAUAUUUGAAUGUUGGAAUUUCUUGGAAAUGUGUAUGUUCAUUUUCGCUAUUUGAAAUGAAAUUUUUUGCAUUAUAAAUAAUAUAAAAUCUAAA